AUGACUCCAAACACCGUCCUCUUCCGCGCCUCCACGUACUCAUCUCAUUUUAUCCCGAGCAAUCGCGCAACACUCCAUCCCUUCACCUCGCUUUCCUCUAUAAUACCAACCGUGCAAUUGAGGCCCGGCAACCGCCAAAUAACCCUCCGAACCUUCACCACCUCCAAGCAAUCCUGGGAACAGGCAGUCCAAUCCUCAUCGCCCGUGUCACCACCACCACCACUGGCAUCUACACCACCAGCCAACACAGCCACGACCACAACGACCACAACCCCACCCCGCUACUCCCUAAAAUUCGGCACUGUCCUCACCGCCGGCCGGAUGGAUAAAACCGUCCGCGUCCUGCACAAGCACACAACCUUCCACAAGAAACUCCACAAAUCCUACCCGGCCAGCACGGUCUAUCUAGUCAGCGAUCCUUGCAAUUCGCUGCGACAGGGCGACGUGAUUGAGUUUUCGAGCGGGUGGCGGACGAGCAAGAAUGUGCGCCACGUCGUGGAGAGGAUUGUGGCGCCGUUCGGCGUGCCGGUGGAUCAGAGACCCCGGGUCCUUAGCCGGCAUGAGCGGGAGGCGUUGAAGGCGGAAAGAGACGAGAAGGCGGAGAAGAUUAUUGGGAUUGGUAGGAUUAAGAGGUUGGUUCGGAAGAGAUUGGAGAUCGAGAAGGAGAGGCGUGGGACUUAA